AAUUCUAUGGAGAAUCAAAAUAGCAGCACAGAUUGCGAUGCAUUGCGCUCCAAAAAAUCAAAGCGCAAAAAUGUUGAACAUCUAAGCACGAAAAUAUUAUCGCGACUUUUAUUGACUCUAUGCAUUGGGCUAUUAGUAAUAGCGUUAAUUAUAUAUAUUGUAUUUCGGCUAAAAAGCGAAUGCAGUCCGGCUGAAGAUGUCCACAACAUGGAAGCUGCCUUGGGUCAUUUUAUAGAAGACAACAAUGAGCUAGACUCAUCAGCUGAACUCCUUGGACUCAUUACAGGUGGGCCAGAGGGUGGAGGCUGCUAUGAGGACACCUGUCGCAUCGAGUGCUCGCAAAAUGUAGAUCUUUAUGCCGAUGCAGCUGCCGUCAUGAGUGUGAGCGAGUGUGAAGUGAUUACCUCGCUGAUCGUAACGAAUCAAAGUCAGAACUAUAUAGACGACAAUUGGAUUGAUGUGAAUGCGACAGUGCUGCGUAUAGCGCUGAUCAAAAGUGAAUUGACAAAGAUCAAGAACGGAGCAUUCAAUUCGCCAAUGUUUUCGAAGGUGCUGCACAUGAUUUGGCUGGACCUGAAGCUGAAUGAUGUGAGCAAUGGAGCCCUGUUGGGCCUCUACUCGUUGAAGAAGUUUGAAAUCGACUUCAAAGUGCCCAACAUUCAGUUGGCUCUGCUGCAGCCCGUUCAGCUGACGUUGACCCACUUGAGAAUGAAUUGCGGCAUCAAUUUCAAGAGCGGCUCGAAUAUUUUCGAGAAUAUCUAUUUGGGCAAAUUGCUGCACCUGGACUUGAGCUACAACAACUUCAGUGGACCAGUGACCAAGAACAUUUUCAUCGCCACUCCGAAUGUUACCUAUCUAUAUCUGAAAUACUGUCAGAUAACGGCAAUCGAAGAUUCGGCCUUUGAGCACAUUGCACAAAAGCUGAUUUUAGUCGACCUGAAGCACAAUUUGUUGACGCAUUUCAAUGCGGAUUCGCUGGGUCUGGGUAAAAAUCUACGACUAUUCGAUGUCGAGCCGAAUAACUGGAACUGCACUUGUCAGCUACGGUCUAUGAUCGAGUUCUAUAACAAAAGGAAAAGUUAUUUUAUAAGUGCUCCAUACUGUCGCAUGCCAUUGAAACUGUAUGGCAAAAACUUUGAUGAGCUCACUACCAAAGAACUGGGCUGUGAUACAUCAGACGAUGACACUGACAAAGUUACCGAUCCAAUAGAUCAGACCCCAACAGAUUAUGAUGGCAAAGCAUCAAACGAUAAUAAUAAUAAUGAGGCAAAACCAACAAUUCCUUACGGUGCGAUACUUCAAUUCAGCUGCUCGAAGCCUAUCGCUAUAACAGGGAGCGAGGACUCGAUUGGAGAUCGUCAGAAGCGAUAUGUAACUAAUGAUAGUCCAAAACACUCAGAAUUUUCGGCAUUUGAACACUUUGUUUUUGAACCACCCACCUAUGAUCUAGAUUUGGAAAUAUUAGAAAAUUACACUGUGCGCGCCUCGAUAGAUGGAUAUGAUGUAGCCUCUAGACUUAAUAUUAUCUGGUUUACCGAACACGAAGACACCGAAACAUAUUUCGAUUCCACACCAUCGUCAAGGGACUAUAAUUGUAUGCUCUACGAAGAUCCCUAUUUGGUUACCGAUCCGCUGCUGCAGAAUCACACCUACACCUUUUGCAUGAUGGCGGAGAACCAGGUGGUCGUAUCUCCGCUCUUCUGCCAGCCCCUGCAUAUCCCGCUGCCCCUUGUUCACAAUGAAAUGAAUGACGUCAUUGAGGUCGAGACCGAUAAACAGUUCACGAUUGGAAUGCUUUGCCUAAUAUUUUUCAUGUCGAUUGUUUUCGGAGCUAUAUUUGCAUAUCUGGGCAUCAAGUCCUUUCCCAAUCUACUGGAGGGCUCCAAGAAUGUUGUCGUCAUCAAGGAAUCGGAUAAAACUUGUUUCGUCUCAACUAUAACCGAAUCGAAAUAUAUGAAAAACUCGUUCAAAAAGGACAAGUGCUCAUUUCGUGCUGGCGCUGAAAACAGGACAUCUGAUAUAUUCACCGUGCCAAGCGACAUUAAGGUGCCCAACUCGGCCAGCGUGAGCUCGUCCUCCACAUGUUUUGAUGAAUGCUUCACUAGCAUUAGUAAUGCACAGGCCAUGGAAUAUGAGAUGCCGAUGAAAUUCAAUGAAAGCCGCAAACUUAGUGAGGGUGUCGACAGACCCAACACGCCACCACCAUUGCCCAAGCGCAAUUCUAAAAAUUCCCUAACCAUGGAUCUGCAACCCUUAUCGUGUGAAAAGUUUGCAAAACAAAUUUGAAUGCGGUACAGU